AGCUACUGUCAGGGGCGGACUGACCAUUUGGAAACGGAUCGGGCACUGCCCGAGGGCCCGGGGUCAGUAGGGGGCCCCAUGAGAUGCCCCUGGUAUCUUUUUCAUAGGCUUUUUGAGUUUGGGAAGGACACAGGGGCCCCAUGAUCCCCUAUUUCCCGGGGCACGAUGAGUUGUCAGUCCGCCGCUUGGCUACUUGAGUGCUCAUUCAUGUCCUACAGUGCCCAUCAGUGCUUAUCAGUGUCCAUCAGCGAGUGCUUACCAGUGCCCAU